AUGCAUCUGCCCUCCCUCCUUGGCUCCGUGGCUUUGGCCACUGACAAGGUCAAGAGACAAGCUACCGAACUUCGCGACAGUUACGACUUCAUUGUUGCUGGUGGUGGCACCGCGGGGUUGACUGUUGCAAAUCGACUGAGUGAAGCAUUUCCAGACAAAACCGUCUUGGUUGUUGAGUAUGGCUACAUUGAGGACGCCCCCGGAGCCUUCGAGCCACCCGGCACAGGAGCAGGUCCCAAGCGUUGGCAGUACUCGACGCAGCCCAUUCCCGAAUUCAACAACAGGACGGCAAGUCUAGCAACUGGACAGGCUGUGGGUGGAAGCUCCACUAUCAAUGGCCAGUUCUUCGACCGCGGAGCAAGCCGCGAUUACGAUGCAUGGAAGGCAGUUGCCAGCCCGGAGUUUGAUAACCAUACCGACAAAUGGGACUGGGAAGGCAUUCUUCCAUUUUUCAAGAAGAGUGUGAACUUUACAGAGCCGACCGAGUCUGACGUGGAAAACUAUGGCUAUACCUGGGAUGUGGAAGCAGCGUUUGGUGGAUCGGGUCAGAUCCAAUCCAGCUAUCCGCCAUUCCAGUGGCCGAUUCAGAAGCUGGCGUGGCAGGCGUGGGUCGAAGCUGGCCUAGAACCCAUCAAGGAGUGCGCAGGGGGCAGCAAGGUCGGCAUUUGCUGGGUUCCCACGUCGCAAGACCCGGUAACCGCCGAACGAUCUCACGCAGGGAUUGGCCAUUACCAGAAUGUGAUCGAAUCGAGGGACAACUACGACCUCAUCGUCAAGCACAAAGUCAUCAGAGUCGUCUAUGAUGAGGACGAUACAGAGUUCAAGGGCCCUCCCAAGGUGGAGAUCAAGUCACUCGAGGACGGAUCGACCAUCCUAGCAACAGCAAAAGCCGAGGUUAUCAUCUCGGCAGGGGCAAUUCACACACCGCAGAUCCUGCAGAGGAGUGGCAUCGGCCCGGCCAGCCUCCUGGACGAAGCGGGCAUCAAGGUAGUUGCCGACCUUGCCGGAGUGGGAUACAAUUUCCACGACCACGGCGGUGGUGCUGGUGCGUCUGUAUCGCUCAACAAGACCAUCACUCCGAACCCGGGGACUCUCAGCGGCAACAAGACAUUCUCGCAGGAGGCGCUGGACGAGUAUAAGCUGCGCCCCGCCCAGGGUCCAUACACCCAAGCCAUGGGGAAUAGCGCCGUGUAUGUCUCGCUGCCACUCAUCACGGACCAGUACAAGGACAUCGUCGACGCCAUCAAUAAACAACUCUCCGACGGCACAUUCAAGUCAUACCUGCCCGAAGGCGCCGCGGAACCGGUGAUUGAAGGCUACAAAGCCCAGCUCGAGAUCCUGGCAAAGGAACUCUCAGAUCCAGAGUCGCCGGUGAUGGAAUCGCCCUUCUCCGGCGGCCCAUCUGGCGGGGGGUUCCUCCUCAAGCCGCUGAGCCGUGGAACAGUCCUGCUGAACGUCAGCAACCCCGAGGGCGAGCCGAUCAUCGACUACCGCAGCUGCUCCAACCCUGUCGACUGGGACAUCCUGGCCAGCUUUGUCGGAUAUUUCAGGAAAUACGCGUCCACGCCGACGAUGCAGUCGCUCGGCGCGGUGGAGGUGUCUCCGGGCCCGGCUGUGACGGCGCAGAGCGACAUCAUCAAGUCCCUCAGGAGCGUGGUCACGGCGUCAUUCCAGCACCCCUGCUGCACCGCAGCUAUGAUGCCAAGGGAGAAAGGGGGUGUUGUCGGCCCGGAUGUUAGGGUGCAUGGCGUGGGGGGCCUGAGCGUCGUCGACACCAGCAUCUUCCCCUUGAUCCCCGGCACUCACACUAGCGCCACGGCGUAUGCCAUUGGCGAGAAGGCGGCCGACAUCAUCAUCAGGAGAUGGAAGGACGAUGUCUCAGCUGAAUGA